GAUGCUUGCCCGAUGCCGCGCCCGCUCGAUCCGCACCGUCCAUUUCGAACGGCCGUUAGCCUUCGCGCCAACUAAUUCGGCAGCCCCCUCCGAGCCUCAGACCCGCCGCGAUGCCCCCGAAAACGGCGGCGCCGAGGCGGUCUCGUUUCCAGGCUCCCGGCUGACUCGCUCCGACGAUUCUUGCUCCGACUCGACGCGCGCCUUUUGCUCCGGCGCCCUCAGGGUCUCGGCGAAGUCUCGGCGCCUUCGCGAGGGAAAGCAAGUGCAUGCCCGGGUGGUGAAGUCCGGGCUGUGUGGCUUUCUGUCCUUGCAGAAUCAGGUCUUGGAUGUUUACGUCAAAUGUGGGCAGCACUACGAUGCCCGGACGUUGUUCGACGAAAUCCCCACGAAGAAUGUCGUCACGUGGAACACAUUGAUCUGCGGCUCCGCAGCUCGUGGCGCUGAUGCUGGGCUGUUCUCUGACUUGGUUGUUUAUUUCAGGAGGAUGUUGAUGGAGUUGGUGAAUCCGGACUUCCUGACAUUCAAUGGUUUCCUUCGAGCUUGCAUAGAGUCUGAUGACAUUCAUCUUGGUAGGCAGUUGCAUUGUUUUAUAACGAAAUAUGGGGUCGGAAUGAAUUGUUUUGUCAGCAAUGGUCUUAUUAGUCUAUACGGGAAAUGUGGUCAAGUUGAAGAAGCGAGGUGGGCUUUUGAUGAAGUAGCUUAUAGGGAUUUGGCUGUUUGGAACACGAUGUUGUCUUGCUAUGCUUCGACAUUCUCAGCUGAAAAGGCUUUUGGGUUCUUCAAUUUAAUGCAGUUGGCUGGAGUGAAAGGCGAUGAGUUUACGUUUUCUAGUUUGCUUUGCUGUUGUGCCACUUCAGGACGAGGGCGAUUGGUUGAGCAGAUUCAUGGUCUUGUGAUUAGACUUUCAUUUGAUGCAGAUACUUUAGUGUCGAGUGCGCUUGUCGAUGCAUAUGGAAAGAAUGGGCGAAUAGACAAUGCUCGGAAGGCUUUUGACACGAUGCCCUUUAAGAAUGUCGUUUCUUGGACCACAAUCAUAGUAGGAUAUGGAAGGGUUGCAAAUGGAACAAUGGCCAUGAAGCUUCUUCAAGAAAUGCUCCAGAAAGACUUCUCCCCUGACGAAUUGACUUUGGCUAGUGUUCUUAGCUCUUGCAGCAAUACAUCGUCCUCAUCUGAAAUAAUGCAAAUCCAUGCUCAUACUAUUAAAAGGGGGUUUGAAUCUUUCUUGUCGGUUUUAAAUGCUCUGAUAAAUGCGUAUUCCAGAUGUGCACACAUGGACAGUGCAUCUAAAUGUUUCAGCUCAGUAGAUGAACCUGAUCUUGUAACUUGGAGUACGAUCAUCCGUGGAUAUGGAUUCCAUGGUCUAGCUAAAGAAGCUACAGGGAAUUUUGAGAAGAUGUUAUCUUGUGGCAUACGGCCAGAUAAAAUCGCCUUUCUUGGGGUUAUCUCUGCCUGUGCUCAUGCCGGAAUGGUAAGUGAGGGCCUUCGUUACUUUGAUUUGAUGAUCAAUACAUAUUGGCUUGUGCCAGAUGUGGAGCAAUACGCAUCUCUAAUCGAUCUUGCUGCACGUGCUGGUCUUCUGGAUGAGGCUUAUGAUUUGUUGACCAAACUGCCAGAGCUACGUGCAGAUAUGCUGGGGGCAUUUGUAGGGGCAUGCAAAGUACAUGGCAAUGAGAAGUUAGCGCAUGAAGCUGCUGCAAUGCUACUUUCCAUGGAGCCGGAUGAGACUGCCAAUUACAGUCUUACAUCGAAUAUCUAUGCUUCAGAAGGAAGGUGGACAGACGUAGCAAGAAUAAGGAAAAAGAUGAGGGACAACAGUUGUGACAACAAAGUUGCUGGUUGUAGCUGGAUUCAUCUGUCGGGUCGCGUCCAGGCAUUUGUUUCAAGUGACAAGUCCCUCCCACAAGCCUUUGAAGUAUAUGCUUUGCUCAGAACGUUGCUCAGGCAACUCAAGGAGGACAGUGACUUCCAAUUCUGUUGUUGAUUUGGAUCAAAGAAUGCACGCUUGAUAUAUCAGAUUGACCCAUUUUUCAGAAUGCGGUGGAGAAUGAACUUGCAAUCAGUGGUAUCAACAGAGCUUUUGUAGAGCUUCACUGAACUAUAGCUCAGAAGAUGUGCACUUAAGGGGCCAAUUGAUGGAACUUUCCUCCUGGAGUGAGACCAUAGCCACCACACUGGAAAAGCCGAGCGAUUGCUUCUCUGGAGAAAAAGUGGGAUGGUUAUUGUGGACCACGAUGGAUGGCCAAUAGCAAGGACCUAAAGUUUUGUCUCUCAAAAAGAAGUCAAGGUCAUCCUAAAAGAAGGAUGGUAAACGAAAAGAGCUCAUUUCUUCCUCAAUUGGAUUUAAUGGAACGCCUGUCCAAUUGGAAAUGGACAACGGAACGAAUAUGUCAUUAAAAAGAAUUCCUACAGGAAGUGAUUAUAGCAAAGCAAUGUUUUCUCUUCCCCGAGAAGAUAGAUUACUUCAUAUAAUAUGAAACCAGAUUGAGCCCGGGAUUGGAGGCUAGAUACAGAAGAUAAGCGGGUGGAAGAGGAGUUAGGGGCGCAGAAUGUGUAGUGUAGAUAUCGUGAUUAAGAGAAGCAUGUUGUUUCCCUUGAGAACAUAUUUCCCAGUAGCCUCGAGAGUAAAGUUGAGUGCUUUUCUCGUUUAUUCUUCUAAUACAGUCUGAUUGACCAUGAUUGUGCAGUACAAAGUG